AAUGGGCCGAUUAUUCCAUUUCAACAAGUGAAUGCUCGAACAGCGGCUUUGACAGGUGUUUCUGAAAGAACCGUGAACCGUAUAGUUUCAGAGGGAAAAAUCAUGGAAAGUAAUUUUACAGCGAGAACUGAAGUCCCUAAUCAAGCAGCUCAAGGACCUUCCACAUCCACAGCUUGUGAUGACAAUUCCACACCAGAGAACACUACUUCCGAGGCUAAGACGAUAAAACUAGUCACUCCAGGUAAAAGUAGAAAAAGAAAAUUAACUGUUUCUGAUUUGGAUGACUUUGAUCUUUGUGUUAUUAGACGCAAAAUCCAAUCUUAUUAUUUAAAUAAUUCCGUCCCUACUCUCAGAAAAUUACAUUGUGAUCUAAAGGCAGACAUCAAUUUCAAGGGUAGUAUAGAAUUUCUCAGAAAAAUACUACACAAGUUGGGAUUUAGUUAUAAAAAUAAUAAAUCCAAAAGGAUGGUUCUCAUGGAGCGAUAUGAUGUUGUUGCCUGGCGAUCAAGAUUUUUACGAGAAAUAGACAAUAAUAGAAGGAGUGACAAUCCGAGGCCAAUCGUUUAUUUGGACGAGACUUAUUUACACCCUGGCUAUAAAGUUAAAAAUUUAAUUCGGGCGGAAAGGACUGUGCGAGCAGAAAGAGUUGAAAGGAACUCGCUCAGUUCUAGGGAGCGGAGCGGAGUAAUUACGGAGUCCGUUCAACUCGCAGUGACAAAUUACAUAGUAGCGUUUCCACACAGAAAGUGCUGA